AUGAGAGGAGGUAGCCUAAGCAGCCUAGCACAGGCAAAUACACUCGCAUCCUCGUCCAAGCCCAAAAAGGGGAACAAACGGGCCAGAAUUGCCUCGUCCGCGGCCUCCACCUCAGACGCUCCCAAGGCGAAGAAAGACCGUCUGACGGCCGAGUCGCUGCAAUGGCGUACGCUCAACCCGGCAUCGUUUUCGGGCUUCGAUGAUGGUGGAGGAAUGAUGAUGCUGGAGGAGCUGGACGAUGUGGGUGUGGAGUGGGAGACGGCGGAAGGUGGAAUGAAGGUCGCGCGGUUUGUGGCCGCGGAAGGCAAGAAAGGAAAAGGCAAGGCGAAGGCUGUUGAGCCGGCAGUGGUGGAUGAGGAGGAGGUAUGGGGAGGUAUCCCAGACGACGCCGUUCCCGAGGCGGAUGAAGCAGAAGGGAGCGGUUCUGAGGACGGAGCCGACCUCCCUGAGUUCAGCAGGGUGGAGAAGGAGGACCUGGACGAGGAAGAUGAGGAGGAAACAGAGGCAGCAGAGCCAUUCGAUGAUGCCCUUCUGCCCGCCUGGUCCGAAAUCUCCUUACAUCCCCGCAUCAAGCGGGCCCUUCUCGCCCUCGGUUUCGUAUCGCCUACAGGCAUUCAAGGCCGUGCUCUCCCUUCAGGUCUAAGCGGCCGAGACGUUGUCGGCGUUGCUGAGACCGGUUCCGGUAAAACCCUCGCCUACUCCCUUCCUAUCCUCUCACACCUCCUUCUCUCGCCCACUCCGUCGAAGUCCACCCGUCGCCCGCUAUCCGCCCUCAUCGUCUGCCCAACAAGAGAGCUUGCGCUUCAAGUGGUAGACCACCUCCAAAAGGUCGUAGCGCACCUGAUGGACGACGAGGAGCGCGCACAGGCAAAGAAGCACAACAAGCCCCCACGAGUCAGUAUAGGGAGUGUUAUUGGUGGUCUGAGCGCGCAUAAGCAGAAGAGGAUCGUAGAUCGGGGCGCGGAUAUCCUGGUUGCUACGCCAGGACGAUUGUGGGACCUGAUCAAGUCGGAUGAGGAUCUUGCUACUGGCGUAAGAACCCUCAAGUUCUUGAUUAUUGACGAAGCGGACCGUAUGAUCGAGAAUGGGCACUUCGCCGAACUGGAGAACAUCGUUCGUCUGACUCAAAGGCAGGGAGCCUCUACAGCCGGGCCAGACGACGACGACCCCGUCUUCGCAGCCGCCAACUCUGACUCUGCGCCCGAAUCCCGCCCUCGGGAAGACAUGCAGACUUUCGUCUUCUCCGCGACGCUCUCGAAAGACCUGCAGCAAAACUUGAAGCGGAAACAGCGGAAACCGAAGAAUGGAACCAAGCGGGCUUCAGCAUUGGAGGACCUGGUGGAUCGGCUGGACUUUAGAGAUGCGAAUCCCGAAGUUAUCGAUCUGAGUCCGGAAGGAGGUGUCGUUGCUACGCUGAGGGAGAGUAUGGUCGAGUGUGUCGUUACAGACAAGGAUCUCUACCUUUACUACUUCCUCCUUCGCUACCCCGGCCGAACGAUGGUCUUCACCGGCAGCAUCGACGGUAUUCGCCGACUCAUCCCCUUGUUCGAGAUGUUGCAGAUGCCGGUGUACCCCUUGCACUCGCAGUUGCAGCAAAAGCAGCGACUGAAGAAUCUUGACCGAUUCAAAGAAGCCAAAUCCGCCGUUCUCAUAGCCACCGACGUCGCUUCGCGCGGUCUCGACAUUCCCAACGUUGACCACGUCGUCCACUUCAACUUGCCCCGCACGGCAGACGCCUAUAUCCACCGGAGUGGACGUACGGCGCGUGCCCAGAACCCGGGGUUUGCGUUGCAGAUUGUUAGUGCGGAGGAGAGGGGGAUGCAGCGGAGUUUGAUGAGGAGUUUGGGAAGGACUGUGGAACUACCCGAACUACCUAUCGAAAGUGGCUUCCUUCCCAAACUAAAAGAACGUCUUCGCGUCGCUCAGGCGAUCGAGAAGGCGCAACACGAAGUCAAGAAAGAGACGCACGAUCGGAAUUGGCUCAAGGAGGCUGCCGAGGCGAUGGAUAUCGAUCUGGACGAUGAUAUGCUGGACGACGGCGAACUGACAUUCGACCGACCCCAUAUCCGGCCUCAACAUCGCCGAAAAGGAAAUCGGACCGAAUCGGUCGCUAAUCUCAAAGCGGAGCUCAAGCACCUGAUGAAGGAGCCGCUUGUCGCCAGGGGCGUAUCGGCGAGGUAUCCUACCGGAGGGAGCAAGGUCAUCAUUGAUGAUCUCGUCAGAGCUUCCGGCCACGAAACAUUGCUCGGUGCACCAACUGCGAAAGCAUGGGAUGAGCCGCAAAAGAAGGGCAAGAAGAUCGUUUCGGGGAAUAAGCGGAAACGGCCCGCUGCGACCGCCGCUGCUGCUUAG